AUGGAAAUACCAUCAUCUUGUAACACUACUAGCUUUGAAUCCCUCAAGCUGAGCUCUUCGACUCAGAAUACGGCGAUAUGGGGCACUGCUAGUACUGGUACCUGCAGCAUUGUAUUUGGUCUGACGCCAGACGGUUACGAAACCCUACGCUCACAAGAAAUCGCCGGUGAUGUGCACUCUAUCGCUUGGAGUCCUAGCGGUCGUAAUCUGCACGCGCUCGACUCACACAGUUCCCAGCAGCUUUCGACAUCCAUUUCUAACUUUCGCAUAUCCGAGGACCCAACUUUGCAGGACGUGGUUGGUAUUGACGUCCUUGGUAACAUCACGAAUGCUUCGCAGAUUGUCGCACACCCCACAGAGACUUUGAUGUAUCUCGUUACCAAGGACACGAAUGAGCUAGUUGUCUUAUCGUUGGCAGGCGACACUCUCGUGAACAAUUCUACUACUGUUCUGCGAUACAGAUUGCUACCAUCUUCUCUGGAUUCGACAGAGUUUCAUACUACGUCACUGGCCAUUUCCGCCUCUAAAAACACUCUGUGGACGCUUUCACAGUCAUCUCGUCAAGCAGUCAUCACAUGUUUUACCCUCAAUAUCACAACAGGCGAAGUAACAAAUGUUGCUGCACGAGCUAGCUGGCAGGGAGUUGGCGAAGGUCAACUUACAGCAGCACCAUUCGCUGGUGGGGAUGUGGUCGCUAUCGCAAACUCUCCAACUGGGUAUAUCACGGUACUUGGUCUCGACCGAUCCGUGUUCGAUACCGCCGAUGUCGUCCAGGAUCCUGCUACCCACAACUACUUACGUCAAAUGAUUGUUGAGAACAAAGGAAACAAAAGCCUGCACAUGGCUGCAUCAAAAAUCAAAAGCUACGGCCGUGCUCUCAUUGAUGAUUACAUCAGCUUAGGUGAGAGUAUCUGGAUCGACUAA